CUUGUAUAAUACCAGUACCUUACAAAAUGACAUUUGCCUUGGUGAUGAAGGUAAUAUGGAGACAAGAAUCAUGGGAUACACAUUUCUGCCUUUAUUUCUUGUUGUUAUGAUUAUAAUAAUAGCACUAUAUAUCCAGAUACUUUGGACAGUAAGGAAACAACUAGACCAACAUAAUAGCAACAAUUCAACAAAUUUACAAAAUAACAUAAAAUUAAUCAAAACGGCAGUUUUAGUCAUUGGACUGUUCAUCGUAUGCUGGGCACCAUUUGUCGUUCUUGCUUCAGGUUUCGCUUUGAACCUCUUCAGCACAAAUCAGAAACAAAAUAUGAUUAUUCCUUAUAUGGUACUUGUCCACAUUGCUGUGAUGAAUUCAGGCAUGAAUUUUAUAAUUUAUCCAGUGAGAUCUAAAGAUUUUAGAGAUGGUCUCAAAACUGUACUUUGUUGUAAAGAGAGAUGUACAGUAACACCUUCUUUAGUUAAGGGACCAACUACAGGGAUAGCUACAGCUACACAAAGAGAUUAGAACAAGAAAUUGGAAUAAUUUAGGGUCAGGGGCAGGUCUGUCAACUUGGGAACCCCUAACAUGAGUGACUUACAAAUGUUGAACACCUUUCCUCAAAUUUUGGACACCUUGGCCCAAAUCUGAACACCCUGGCCAACAUUUUGAGCACCUUGGUUCAAAUUUUAUUGCAUAUAAACAACUUUUUUGGGGUUGUUGAGUUUGCUGAGAGGGCUGCAGCGCCAGCACGUUCAAACUAGGCGAGUAGGUGGCGUAGCCACGAGGUUGCGAGUUCGAGACGUGUGUGCUCCUUGUGUUUAUUCAUUUAUGAUCACUGUCUGAGCUUUCAGUUGCAGAGGCAUUAACCCGCUAUGGGUUCUCAAGGACAGUUGAGCAGUGUGUGUGUGUGUAGAAAAUGUCUGUUGUGCUUCCUUUGGUGUGUUUGAGCGUUAGCAUCAGCUGCCUAUAGUCAAAUCAACUAACAAAACAACAUUUUUGGGGUUGUCGAGUUAUCCGAGAGGGCUUCAGCGCCAGCGAGUAGGUGCUGUAGCCACAAGGUUGCGGGUUCGAGAUGCAUGUGCUCCUUGUGUCUUGGACACCUCAAAAUUUUCGCGCUCACUACACCCAGGUUUUUCCAGCAAAUGCGUGACAAAUAUGCAAAUUGCGGGACAGUUGGACGGCCUGCAGGGGUAAGGAGCAGAAAGACAUUAGAUUGCACAACAUAUCUUAUCUUUACUUGACUAUACAUAAUUUAUAUUAUUCAAUUUUAACUAAUACAUUAAACUCUGAC